UUUUUUUGUUUUGUUUUUUGGUUGUGAAUAUUCUCCUUUCAUUCAAUUCUCAAUAAUUCAUUCAGAAUUCUAAUUUGAACUGCAGAAAUGUAAAACAACAAAAUUCUACAGCCAUCUUUGUGUGUGUGUUCUUCCUUUUUUUUUCGUUGAAAAAAACUAUUCAAACAAAACACCAACAAAAAUUGAAAUAAAAUGUUACUACUUGCCUAUUCUGAAUAUGAUUUAUAUCGUGAUGGCCAAAUACCUGGCCGUGUUGGUCCAUUACCAACAUAUUCACCGGAUGAAGCAGCUUGUUUAAAAGAUCGUAAAUGGUGGGCAUUUUUAUUGUCCAGUAUAUUUACAUUUUUAGCCGGUAUAUUUAUUGUUUUGAUAUAUCGAUUUUUUGAAUUCAUAUUUUCUGGUGUAAUAUUUGGUUCAACAUCAUCAUUACAACAACAACCGGGAGGACAAGGUCCCGGUAAUAAACAACAACAACAACAAGGUCAACAUAAAGAUCAUCAUCAAUUAGAUCAACAACAACAUCAACAACAAUCAUCAUCAUCAUUGGUUGAAUUAAAAGAUCUCAAAUCACAUAGUCUUACCGAUUCACAGCCAUUAAUACAACAAGAAUUAGGAUGGAUGACCGAAGCAAAAGAUUGGGCAGGUGAAUUAAUAUCCGGACAAUCAACAACUGGACGUAUAUUAGUUGUAUUAGUAUUUUUAUUAUCCAUUGCAUCAUUAGUUAUUUAUUUUUUGGAUGCAUCCAAUACUGGUCCACCUGGUGCUGGUGAUAGUGUUGAAAAAUGUCAAAAAUGGAAUGAAAAUCCAACACAACAAGUUGAUCUAGCAUUAAACAUCUUUUUUAUGGUCUAUUUUUUUAUACGAUUUAUAGCUGCUUCCGAUAAACUUUGGUUCAUGUUAGAGCUUUAUUCAUUUGUCGAUUAUUUUACUAUUCCACCAUCAUUUGUAUCGAUUUAUGUUGAUCGUACAUGGAUCGGUUUAAGAUUUUUACGUGCAUUACGUUUAAUGUCAUUUCCAGAUAUUUUACAAUAUUUAAAUGUUUUGAAAACAUCAUCAUCAAUACGUUUAGCACAAUUAGUAUCGAUUGUUGUAUCGGUUUGGUUAACUGCUGCUGGUCUUAUACAUUUGCUUGAAAAUUCUGGUGAUCCAUUAAAUUUUGAUAAUGGCCAUUUUAUUUCCUAUUGGGAAUGUGUAUAUUUUCUUAUUGUUACCAUGUCGACUGUCGGAUAUGGUGAUAUUCAUUGUACAACAACUUUAGGUCGUACAUUUAUUGUUCUAUUUAUUUUGGUCGGUUUGGCCGUAUUUGCAUCAUUGGUACCCGAAAUAACCGAACUAGUUGGCCAUCCAUCUAAAUAUGCCGGAAAUUAUCAGAAAAAUCCCGCCAAAAAGCAUAUCGUUGUUUGUGGUCAUAUCACAUAUGAAAGUGUUAGCCAUUUUUUAAAAGAUUUUCUACAUGAAGAUCGUGAAGAUGUUGAUGUUGAAGUUGUUUUUUUACAUCGUAAACCACCUGAUCUUGAAUUGGAAGGUUUAAUUAAAAGACAUUUUACAACGGUUGCAUUUUUUCAAGGUUCAGUUAUGAAUCCAAUCGAUCUGAAUCGUGUUAAAGUACAUGAAGCUGAUGCAUGUUUAGUAUUAUCAAAUAAAUAUUGUCAAGAUCCGGAUGCAGAAGAUGCAGCAAAUAUUAUGCGUGUUAUUUCCAUUAAAAAUUAUAGUGAUGAUAUUCGUGUCAUUAUCCAACUGAUGCAAUAUCAUAAUAAAGCCUAUCUAUUGAACAUACCAUCAUGGAAUUGGAAACGUGGUGAUGAUGUUAUUUGUGUUAGCGAAUUAAAAUUAGGUUUUAUUGCUCAAUCUUGUUUGGCACCUGGCUUCAGUACAAUGAUGGCCAAUCUAUUUGCUAUGCGUUCAUUCAAAACGUCACCGGAUACACCACAAUGGCAAAAUGAUUAUCUUUGUGGUACCGGUAUGGAAAUGUAUACGGAAAAUUUGAGCACAGCAUUUGUUGGAAUGAUAUUUGCUCAAGCAACUGAACUUUGUUUUGUUAAAUUAAAAUUAUUAUUAUUAGCCAUUGAAGUCAAUAAUGAUGAUGGCCAAACACAGAUUGUGAUUAAUCCAAAAGGUACUAUUCGUAUACAACAAAAUACGCAAGGAUUUUUUAUUGCACAAAGUGCCGAUGAAGUUAAACGAGCACUUUGGUUUUGUAAAAAUUGUCAUGAUGAUGUUAAAGAUGAAAAACUGAUACGAAAAUGUAAAUGUAAAAAUUUGGGCGCAAUAUUCAAAAAAGGUGUUCGUGUUGUACAAGCUGUCAAUAGUAAUGUUAUGAAUCGACAUUCAUCAAAUUUUACAACAAAAUUAUUGGAUACAACCACUACUGAUUAUCAUUUAUCCUUGAAUGAAUCAUUUGGAAUAGAUCCAGGCCAUCAUAUCGAUAGUAUCGAUGAUGGUCAUUUAUUACAAUCGAUUAAUACUAGUGCCGGUCAUCACCAUUCACUUCCAAAACAAUCAAAACGACGACAACCACAACAAAUUCAACAAUUAGAAUGUACAAAUUUAAUGGCCACAACUAGUUUUUCAUCAUCAUCACAUAAUAAUAUUUCAGAUCUAUUAUCAUCAUCAUCAACAACAUCGACAACAAAAAUGGCAUCAACAUCUUCAUCGUUUAAUAUUAAUCAAUCACAACAACAACAACAACAACAAUCGACAAAACUUUUACCAAAAUUAUCAAGAAAAUUUCGAGAUGGUUUUGGUGAACCAAGUGAAAGCAUGCAUCUAAUACCACCUUCAUCUGGAUCGAGUAGUCGUCGUCAAACAACAGCAGCCACUGGUCGUAAUGGUAAACAUCAUCAACUUGGUAAUAUUGCUGGUCAAUUAACCGCUGCUAUUGAUACAGCUAAACAACAAACAAAUACACGAUGUACAAAUAGUCCGACAAUAAAACAACCUCCAGGUAUACCAACAUCAACAACACAAUCAGCUGGAUCAUCAUAUGGACCACAAAUGCAUCUUGCAUAUGAAGUGAAAAAGUUGAUGCCAGCUGCAGCACGUCUGACCGAUAGUGCCAGUGGAUCAGUACCGGUUGCACCAUCAGCCGGUUUUAUUGAUUCAAAAGAUUUUGAUUUUGAAAAAACUGAAAUGAAAUAUGAUUCAACCGGUAUGUUUCAUUGGUGUCCAGCUCGACCAAUCGAAGAUUGUAUACUGGAUCGUAAUCAAGCUGCAAUGACAGUAUUAAAUGGACAUGUUGUUGUUUGUUUGUUCGCCGAUCCAGAUUCACCAUUAAUUGGUUUACGUAAUCUGGUUAUGCCUUUAAGAGCUUCGAAUUUUCAUUAUCAUGAAUUAAAACAUGUUGUUAUUGUUGGUAAUGUUGAUUAUUUACGACGUGAAUGGAAAAUGUUACAAAAUCUGCCGAAAAUUAGUGUAUUAAAUGGUUCACCAUUAUCACGUGCAGAUUUACGUGCUGUCAAUAUAAAUCUAUGCGAUAUGUGUGUAAUAUUAUCGGCAAAAAUACCAUCAUCCGAUGAUCCAACAUUAGCCGAUAAAGAAGCAAUAUUGGCCAGUUUGAAUAUCAAAGCAAUGACAUUUGAUGAUACUAUUGGUGUUAUAACAAAUAAUGCUGCAUGUCCAGAUCCUGGUUCAAGAAUACCGGGUAGUUCACCACCACCAUUAGUUGUUCAAAGACGUGGUUCAGUUUAUGGUUCAAAUGUUCCAUUAAUAACCGAAUUAGUGAAUGAUACUAAUGUACAAUUUUUAGAUCAAGAUGAUGAUGAUGAUCCAGAUACCGAGCUAUAUCUAACACAACCAUUUGCAUGUGGUACAGCAUUUGCUGUAUCGGUAUUAGAUUCAUUAAUGUCUACAACAUAUUUUAAUGCAAAUGCAUUAACAUUAAUACGUUCUUUGAUAACUGGUGGUGCAACACCUGAAUUGGAAUUAAUUCUAGCUGAAGGUGCUGGUCUUCGUGGCGGUUAUUCAACGCUGGAAACAUUAAAAAAUCGUGAUCGUUGUCGUGUUGGACAAAUAUCAUUAUAUGAUGGACCAUUAGCAAAAUAUGCUGAAAGUGGAAAAUAUGGUGAUCUAUUCGUAUCAGCAUUAAGACAAUAUGGCAUGUUAUGCAUUGGUGUUUAUAGGUUUCGUGAUACAUCCGGUGCGGCUGAAGCAUCAACAAAACGUUAUGUAAUAACAAAUCCACCAGCUGAUCUUAUUCUUAUACCAAGUGAUAUGAUAUUUGUCUUAUUACAAUUUGAUCCAGGUCUUGAAUAUCAUAAAGGUAAUCGUAGUGCAACAUCCAGACAAUUAUCAUCAACAAGCGCCGUAUCUGGUUGUGCUAUGAUUGGUAUGGAUCCAAAUCAAUUACAAUCAGGUGGUGGAUCAAAUACAAAUAUUGUACAAACAUCAUCACAAUCACAACAACAACAACCAUCAUCACAAUCAUCAAUUACACAACAAACAUCACAAUUAUCAUCGGGUAUUAAUCAAUCAAUGAUAUCCAAUGUCAAUCCAAUGUCAACUGGACAAACAACCGGACAACCACCAAGUUGACAAAUUCUCUGUAGUGCUCUGACUGACGGGCCGUAUUCAUUUAUUUAAAUAAAAAAAACUUCAUAAUGUGUGUGAUCCAUAUUUGUUGUUAUCAUUUCACCAAAAACAUCGCUAUAUUGUCACUUUUUUGAUCAAUCAUCAAAUCAUCAUGAAUCAUCACGCCCGGCAGGAUAAUCUAAUUGAUAAUAACAUC